CUCGAAGCGGGAGAUUUAGACUAAUAAAAGCAGACGCGAAGGUGGAGCCGGCAGAUCUACACGAGACGUCAACCGGCGCAAUUCGAACGCUUAAACAAACGAGUGGAAGUUAAGAAGUUUCUGGAUAAGUUAAAUACGAACGAAGAAACGACAAAAUGUCAAAAGCACCUGCCGUUGGUAUUGAUCUGGGCACCACCUAUUCUUGCGUUGGUGUCUUCCAACAUGGUAAAGUUGAGAUCAUUGCCAAUGAUCAAGGGAAUCGAACGACCCCCAGCUACGUUGCAUUUACGGAUACGGAAAGAUUGAUCGGCGAUGCGGCGAAAAAUCAAGUGGCUAUGAAUCCCAGCAAUACGAUCUUUGAUGCCAAGCGUCUUAUUGGACGUCGCUUUGACGAUCUAACCGUUCAGGCUGAUAUGAAGCAUUGGCCAUUUACCGUCAUCAAUGAAGGUGGAAAACCGAAAAUUCAAGUAACGUACAAGGGUGAGGUUAAGACCUUCUACCCUGAAGAAGUCUCUUCUAUGGUCCUAAUAAAGAUGAAGGAAACUGCUGAAGGUUACCUGGGAAAGACAGUCACAAACGCCGUCAUCACCGUUCCUGCCUACUUCAAUGAUUCUCAGCGUCAAGCUACCAAAGAUGCUGGUGCGAUUGCAGGACUGAACGUCCUGAGAAUAAUAAACGAACCUACAGCAGCAGCCAUUGCUUACGGUUUGGACAAGAAGGCUGCCGGCGAAAAGAACGUCCUGAUCUUCGAUCUUGGCGGCGGCACCUUUGACGUGUCCAUCUUGACAAUCGAGGAUGGAAUUUUCGAGGUGAAAUCUACCGCUGGAGAUACUCACCUGGGCGGAGAGGACUUUGACAACAGGAUGGUCAAUCAUUUCAUCCAAGAAUUUAAGAGGAAAUACAAGAAAGACAUGUCCGACAACAAGAGAGCCGUUAGAAGACUGAGAACAGCUUGCGAGAGAGCUAAGAGGACCCUGUCCUCUUCGACUCAAGCCAGUAUCGAAAUUGAUUCUUUGUACGAGGGUAUCGAUUUCUAUACGUCGAUAACUCGUGCAAGGUUCGAGGAACUUUGUGCCGAUCUCUUCAGAAGCACACUCGAACCUGUAGAGAAAGCUUUACGCGAUGCCAAGAUGGACAAGUCUCAAGUUCACAGCAUCGUCCUGGUUGGCGGAUCCACAAGAAUUCCAAAAAUUCAAAAACUCCUGCAGGACUUCUUCAACGGAAAGGAGUUAAACAAAUCCAUCAAUCCAGAUGAGGCUGUAGCCUACGGCGCUGCUGUCCAGGCGGCUAUACUUCAUGGCGAUAAAUCCGAGCAAGUUCAGGAUCUCCUUCUUCUGGACGUGACCCCAUUGUCUCUGGGUAUCGAGACUGCUGGAGGUGUCAUGACGACAUUGAUCAAAAGGAACACUACCAUCCCAACUAAACAGACCCAAACGUUCACAACGUAUUCAGAUAAUCAACCUGGAGUACUUAUUCAAGUUUACGAAGGAGAACGAGCCUUGACCAAAGACAAUAAUUUACUCGGUAAAUUCGAACUUACUGGCAUACCACCAGCUCCGCGUGGUGUACCACAGAUAGAAGUAACUUUCGACAUCGAUGCUAAUGGCAUCCUAAACGUGACGGCUGUUGAAAAGUCCACGGGUAAGGAGAACAAGAUUACCAUCACUAACGACAAGGGACGUUUAUCCAAAGAAGAUAUAGAACGAAUGGUCAACGAAGCUGAAAGAUACAAAAAUGAAGAUGAGCAACAGCGCGAGGCCAUUGCUGCAAAGAAUUCUUUGGAAUCCUACUGCUUCAAUAUGAAGAGCACCGUUGAAGAUGAAAAACUCAAGGACAAGAUCAGCUCAUCUGACAAGCAAACUAUAUUGGAUAAAUGUUCCGAGACCGUCAAAUGGCUGGAUGCCAAUCAACUAGCUGAGAAGGAGGAGUUCGUAGAUAAACAAAAGGAAUUGGAAUCUAUCUGCAGUCCAAUUAUUACCAAAUUGUACCAGAGUAGUGGCGGUGGUAUGCCUGGAGGUCCUGGAUUCCCUCCAGGAGCAGCAGCUGGUGGUGCUACCCCAGGAGCAGGAGGAGCUGGUGGACCUACAAUCGAAGAGGUCGAUUAACCAAAAUGGAUUCAAAGUUAACUAUUUCUAAUUUUUAUCUAUAUCCAAUAAUCGUAUACGUAAUUCGCUUUGUGAUUGUCAAUUUUCCAGUCAUUUUUCCUUAAAAAAGCAUAUAACCAACUUGAGUUACACAUUAUAUAUAUAUGUAUAUCUCUUAUCAGUACUCGUCUGCGUGUGAGUCUGUUUAAUAAAAUAUGAUUUCUGUUUUUUAA